AUGUCAAGACGAGGCUACGGCAGCGAGGCAGCCUUCGACGACAGGCGCGACUACGGCUCUCGGGUCAGCCGCGUCAGGUACGAUGACCGAGAUUAUGACGACUAUCGCCGGGCCCCUCCACCCCGUGAGCGGGAGAGAGACGUCUUGGUCCGGGAGGAGGUGAGGGAGCGCGAGAGGCCGCGGGAGCCUCCGGCUUUUCUACGAGAAGACUAUGGCCGCACAGAGGCUGGACCCGUCGUUCUGAGAGCCCGAGAAACCGAAGACUAUGAAUUUGUGCAGCGUCCUCCUCGACCAGCUUCUCCAGAGCCAGAGAAGAAGCAUGAGCGGGAAGAGAUCAUAAUUCGCCGGGAUGAGUCAGAACCCCGAGGACCGCCUGGCCCUCGCCCAAGAGAGUCUAGAGAAAGAGAAGAGAUCAUAAUACGCCGACGUGAGGACGACGAUGUCAGAAGCGUGGCGCCCUCUCAGCGGGGCGGUGACCGGGAGAGAGAGGAGAUAAUUAUCCGCCGUCGAGAUGACGACGACGACCGAAUGUCGAGACGAGGCCCACGCAGUGAGAUAGGCUCUGAUGACCGCUAUACUCGCCGCAUGGACCCUCGUCCCAUCUCCCAUGAGCGUGAGCGUUCAAGGGUGAGGGGCCGUGCUGGGAGCGAGUCCCAAGAGGAGAUCAUCAUCCGAGAAGAGGAUCGCGGUCGUGGUGAAAAGCAGCAAGAGAUCAUUAUCCGCAGGACUUCGCGUUCCAACUCUCCGUCGUCUAUUUCAACCAGAGGGCCCGGCCCAGCUCCUGAUCCUCCGGUCAUUCACGCUCCUCCUAUCCAUCAGGAGGUCAUUACCCACCAUCGUCAUAUCGAUCACGGCUUUGAGGUGGCUCUUGCUCCCAGGCGCCCUGCAACGCGACCACCUUCUCCACCCUCCCCACCACGAGCUCGUUCGCGGUCCGAAGAACGCAUCGAGAUCCGCCGUACUGGUGAGCGUAAUGGGGAGCCUUACAACGAAGAAUUGAUCAUUGAUCGACAAGACGGCCCUGCCCGAGGCCGCUCUCCUCGGCCGCCUCCACCGCGCGAUUAUUACGACGACUACCCUCCACCACGUCCAGCUCCGCCGCCAGGGCCACCUGCUCCUUAUCGCCCCGGUUACGAUCGUGACAUGCAGGAGGAAGCAGAAUACUACAAUAAUGUUGCCCUGCGGCGAGGCUUCCCUGGUGAAGCAUAUAACGGUGCGACACGAGACUGGGGAAUCGUCGAUGUCCCGCCCGGUACCGAACGUGUCCGCAUGGAUGGCCAAGGCGGCGGGGCACAAGAGAUUACUUGGCAGCGCUACAACGGCGUCCGUCGGAGCAAGUUCUUUCCUGACGGGAGGAACGAUGGUCAUUAUUCUGGUGAAUUAGACCGUCCUCCAGCAUCGGGAGGCCAGAUUGGAGGGCGGUACGGCAGACAGCGUGAUCCUACUGACGGACUUUGGACCGAAAUUACGAAAGAUCUGGUGGUAAAGGAGGCCAUCGAAGAGAUGGGCUACGAAUAUGAGGAGACGGAUGACUUCUAUUACAUCAUUUCCUACCUGAAAUAUGAAGAUGUAGCUCGCCUCGUGGGCCUCUCGGAGGACAUUCGUAAAGACCGCCGCAAACGAGCACGCGAAAUGGGUUGGGAGUCGAGAGUCGCCCCGCCUCCGGCUCUUGAGCCGGCUCGUCCAAGACCAGCAAUCGAAGCUCCUCCUCGACCUCACUGGGAUCACGAAGACGAGCGAUAUAUCGAGCGUGAGGUUGUGUACCGGGGUGGUCGCCCGCCUCCACCACCUGGCUGGAGACGAUGA